AUGGCACCUCCAUCUGAAUCCCAGAUCUUGUACUCCUACCUUCUCCAUCCAUCACCUCUUCCCACGAUCGUGCCAUUCCAGACUUUCCAAGGUCUCGUCCCGAAUCAUGCUUCAAUACGAUCUUCAGCCCGCCCAAACCCAGAACUCAAGAGAUUGUACCGUGACCUCCAGUUCCAGCGGGACAUCACGAUCGACGAUGUCCGGCGGCGCAUUGACGACGAGGUCAGACGCAGCGCGGGACUGCUCGCCCGGUUGAGGCACCAAGUACGGCGGGAAGAGGGCGAAAGUACAGCUAGUCCAAGAUCCCGGCGGAAGAGAAAGCGUGGCGCUGCCGAUGAAGGCGAUGACGCAGAUGAAGACGAGAAUGAGAGCGAGAGUGAGAGUGAAAUCCAACAAGCUUCACAGCAAGGGGCCAGCGCUACAAGAACUGGCCCUGGAUCCACGACUGAUCGUAACCGCGAUGGCUCCGCCCACAGGGCUAGCAACCGAAAUCGACACAAUGGCCAGCACAGAAAUGACCAUGACCAUAACCAAUCCGAUGGCGAUAGCAGCGACAGAGACAAUGACGGAGGGACAGAGACCCAAAUCGAUCUCCAACUCGACGGACCUCGAGGGCAGACACUACCUCGACCGACGCGCAACCACACCAUAUCCAGCCUCCUCGACGCAAUGGACGAUGCCAGGGCCGAUCUGGAGUUGGAAAUCGCCGACCUGGAGGCCCAAGUACAGAGUGGGCGGCGCACCUGCGAAGAGCGCGUGGGCGGGUUAAGUGAUUUGCGCUACGGCCGGUUCGCCGCUCCUGCUAUUUCAGCAGGGAGGCGGGAUGGGGGCGAGAGUAGGAGCAGCAAUGCAAACGGCCUUCCUACGCCGACCGGCGAGAAGCAAAGCCGGAACGAAACCAGAAACGAGACCGAGACCGAGACUGAGAAUGCUAAUAGGGAUAUGGUGGCCGUGGCCUCUACUGUUGAAUCGGAAGUGGUGGAUGCGCUUCGCGACUUCACCGCCCGUCUGGCCAGAGAGAUGCAAUGCAAAGACAGAGAGAGGGAAGAGGUCGCGAAGAGGCGGAAGUAG